AUGCAAAAUCUAAAAGAAGUAGAAAAGUGUGCUAAUUUCACUAAUGUUUACUUUAGAGGUUGUAAAAUAGGUGGAGUUAGAAUUGGUAAGUGGGAUUAUAUUAUAAAUGGAGAGUCAAUGUAAAUAGUCAUUAUAAUAAUCAGAUUUGGAGGAAAUUAUAAUUAUAGUGGUCAAAAAGUUGGAAUAUGGAUAGAACCUGAUAAGAAUUAUGAAAAAAAGUAAAAUUAAAAGUUUAAAUGAUAAGUCUUAUAACAUUUUCAGGAGAAUAUAGAGAGGAUAUCAAAGUAGGAAUAUGGAAUACAUUACUUAAAGAAUAAAUUAUGUAUUAAGUAAAUUAAUAUAAGUGAAGGAGGAGGAUAGUAUAAUGAAAAAGGAUAAAAAUAAGGAAUGUGGAUAGAAGUAUAAAAUAAAACAACCUAGGAGUAUAAAUAUGAUAAAUAUUAGUUUUCUCUUAUUCUAUAAAGGUAAUUACAAAAAAGGUAGGAGAGUUAAAUAUUGGAAAUGGACCUUAGAUAAUAAAACAAUGUAAAUUUAUAUUUGCAAUUAGUGGUUAUGGAGAAUAUAAUGAUAAUGGGUAUAAAGAUAAAUUUUGGAUAGAAGUGGAUAAAAAUUAUUCAAAUCGGUAAGAAAAUAAAUUCCAAAAAAAGUUGCAAACUUAAAUACUAAGGAUCAUAUAAAAAUGGAAUGAGAAUAAAGGACUUGAUAGAAUUAAAUUAUUAGUGGUGGAGGGGUAUAUUCUGAUGAAUUCAAAAAAAAUGGAAUUUGGAGUGAACCAAUAGAAAAUCCUAGUUCAUCGUAAAUUUUAUAAUUAAUCUAGUAACCUUAUAUUCUAAGUAGGCGCUUAUUCAUAAGAUAUUAAAGUUGGUUAAUGGAAUAUUCAUGGUGAUAAUACAAGAAUGUUAAUUUUAAAUAAUAAAUAAUAGUGGAGGAGGAAAAUAUGAUAAAAGAGGUUUAAAGUAAGGUGAUUGGAUAGAUGUAGAGAUCAUUGAUGCUUUUUGGUAUAAUUAUAAUAAAAUUUGAGGGAAAUGCUAUCGUCUGGAUUUUAUGAAAAUGGAGUUAGGAUAUUAUAAUGGAAAUUUAAAUUAGAGAAUUAAUUAUUGUAAUUUUUAAUUGUAAUAUUAAUUAUUUAAGUUAAUGCAUGUAUAAUCAAAUCGGAUAAAAAUAAAAUUAUUGGAUAGAAUUUCUUGAAGGAUAUGAUGAAAAGUAAUAAUUUUUGUAUAUUAAGUCAAAUACAAUUUGAAGGAAACUAUAAAAAAGGUAAAAGAUACGGAUUAUGGAAAAUUAUAUAAGAAAAUUAAAUAAUGUAAUUUAUUAUUAAUAACAUUAAAGUGGUAGUGGGUUAUAUGAUGAAAAUGGAUAGAAAUUUGGACUUUGGAAAGAGUUGCAUCCAAGAUAUUCAUUAAUGUAAGUCAAAGAUUUAAAUAGGGGUCAAUUAAUGAUGAAAGGAGAAUAUCUAAAUGGAGUUAAAAUUAAUUAUUGGCAAAUAGUAACUUAAAAGGAGAACUACUUAAUGUAAUUUUGUGUAUUCUAUAAAAAGUGGUUGUGGAUCAUUUAAUGAAAAAGGGCAAAAAAUUGGAAAAUGGAGAGAACUUCAUUAGUAUUAUCCAUUAGAGUAAUAAAUUGAAAUUUAUAAUAGUCGUGAAAUAAUAAGUUGUGGAUCUUAUGUAGAUGGAUUAAAAAUUGGAAUAUGGGAAGAUAUUAGAUUAGAUUAAAUUUUGUAUUUAAUUAAUAUAAUAAAUAGGAUUUAUUCUCAUUUUGAUAAAGAAGGAAAAGGAUAAAUAUUUAAAAGUGAAGAUGAUUUUUUUUAUUUUAAUAAAUGA